AUGGAUUAGCUUGCUCUUUAAGUAUUCAAUGAAUAAAACAAAAUUCGUUAAAAUCCAAAAAGUUACAUUGGUAAUUUAGAACGUAUGUUAGGUUUUUUUAAAGGUAAUACAUUAUAUUUACCUGGCUAAAUUCCUUUACAAACAAACGAAGGCCCUUCUGCAGUUCGUGAUUGUAUGAAUUUUUUAAAUCGUCAGUAAUCUCUAGAACCCUUAAAAUUAAAUGAUUAAAUGAGCAAGGCGGCAUAAGAUCAUGCAAAUGAUAUAGGCCCUAAAGGAAUUACAGGGCAUAAUGGAUCUGAUGGAUCAACUAUGACUUCUAGAUUGGAAAAAUAUGGUGAUUGGAUGGGUAAAAUAGGAGAAAAUAUUUGCUUCGGAGGAAAUACUGCUGUUGAUAUUAUUGUUUAGUUAAUUAUUGAUGACGGAGUUUCUAACAGAGGACAUAGAAUGAAUAUUUUCGGAAAAGAUUAUAAAGUAACUGGAAUUGCAGCUGCUAAACACUCAUAAUAUGAUAUCUGUUGUGUACUUGAUUAUGCAUCGGAAUAUACAUCUAAAGGAAAUAAAUGUUAAUUAUAAUUAACCUUAAUUUAAGGAGAUUUAGGCUUGUAAUUUUAAGAUUAAUUAAAAGAUUUCGAUAAUUUUUUCAAAAAAGACCCUCAACAAGAUUAGUUUACUGGUAACAAUUAAAAACCACCAGGAACUGUUAAAACAAGUACAGAGAAAAAAAUUAAUAUUGUUAAUGGAGUCAGAACAGUUACUGAAACAAUAACUUACACUUUGGCAAAUGGAGAAGUAAAAGUAGUUGAAAAAGUAUACUAAUAAUGA